GAGCUGUCAGGAGCCGCACAUGGAUCGCGACUCGGCUGCGCUACCGCUCCAGUCGCGCAGUUGUGCUGAACCUGAGUGAGAGCUGCAACUGGGGGGGGGGUUCGCCAGCUGAUUGAUCGGCUCGAAUUGCGGGGCAUUUGCAAAGGGGUUUGCAUUUAACACAGAAACCUGAGAAUUAUACUUCAUUUUUAUAUAUAUAUACAUAUAUAUAUAAAUAUAUUUUCGUAUCAACGCGGAGUUUGUUUUUUUUGGGGGGGAGGGAGAAGGUAAUGAUGGCUAGACCGCUCACUAUAAAUCCAACUUUUCUACCUCCAACCCACGGAGUGCUUAAAUCUUUACUGGAGAACCCACUGAAGUUGCCGCUGCACCACGAAGAAGGUUUUGGGAAGGAAAAAGAGAAAGAGAAGAAGCUUGAUGAUGAUGGGACAGGCACCAGUGUGCCUCAGUCAGCCUUUUUGGGUCCAACACUGUGGGACAAGACGCUGCCUUACGAUGGAGACACCUUUCAGUUGGAAUACAUGGACCUUGAGGAGUUUCUUUCAGAAAAUGGUAUUCCUUCCAGCCCUGCCCAACGUGACCAAAAUCAGCACCAGCAAGCCCCUCUGCAGCCAACUCCUGCCCCAGCAACACCCUCUGUCAUGGACCUCAGCAGCCGUGCAUCUACUUCAGUUCACCCUCCAAUGGUGUCUCAGAACUGCAUGAACAGUCCUGUCCGAUCAGUAUUGUCAUCCUCCCGCAACACUCCAAGCCCCAUUGACCCAGAUUCCAUUCAGGUUCCAGUGAGCUACGAGCCGGACCCAGCUGAUCUAGCUCUUUCAAGCAUCCCAGGGCAAGAGAUUUUUGACCCCCGCAAACGCAAAUUCUCUGAGGAGGAGCUGAAACCGCAGCCCAUGAUCAAAAAAGCACGCAAGGUCUUCAUUCCCGAUGAUAUGAAGCAGGAUGACAAAUACUGGGCAAGGCGCAGAAAGAACAACAUGGCUGCCAAGAGGUCCCGCGAUGCACGACGGCUCAAGGAGAACCAGAUCGCCAUCCGUGCUGGCUUCCUGGAGAAGGAGAACACGGCAUUGCGUCAAGAAGUGGCAGACCUACGGAAAGAGCUGGGUCGCUGCAAGAACAUCCUGGCAAAGUACGAAGCCAGGCACGGACCCCUGUAGAUGGGGAGGGGUGGGCGGGCACUGCACAAGUGUGAUGGACAAUGUGUCUCCCGUUCAGUAGCACCACCCCCAAAAGAAACCAUUAUUGAUAUUAUUUUAGUUUACUUUUUGUUUUUGUUUCCUGUUGUCGGCACUUUACCAGAGCAGAGAAAAAAAAAAGAAAAAACAAACCACGUUAACUGACGUCCAUUUUGAUGUGUUUUAUCACCACCUAUUUAACCUGAGGCCCCUCUGUCUAGGCCGGGGAAGGAAGUUCCUUUCUCUCCCAUACUCUCUUGUUUCUUUCCCCACCUGAACAGAUAAUAACUCUGCUGCUUUAUUAUUAAUAUUAUUGAGAUUUUGUUUCUGUUUUCUUUUUUAUCGCUGCUGCAUUUCGCUGAUCGCUCAUGGUUUUAACCCUUUCCUUGUAUCCUGUUAUUGUUUCUUGUUUAAAAGUAUGUGACUUUCUUUUUGUGUGUUUUGUGCACAGGACGUACACUUUGUUUCUGUAACAGCGAGACAAAAACUAGUUUUUAUUAUUAUUUUUUUAUCCUUUCUGUGUGAUAUCUUUUUUUUUUUGUUUGUUUUUAUUUUAAAGUGUUAUAAGUUAACACUAGCUGAGUAAUAACAUCGUCAUAUGUGCUUCUUUUUUUUAUAAAAGUGGAUGGCUCGGCCACUUCUGUCAUUCCGGCAGGAGUGCCACUAGUACUGGAAGCAAUAACCUGCCAGCGUGCGGUGGCGUGCUGCUCGCAGGCCUUUUAACGUGCUGUGCUGGCACACUUCCGUCUCCUUGACGGGACCCACGCACUAGGAAGACAGACCAGAAGCAUAUUGCUCUCCGGUGCAGUACCGGUGCAACACAACAUCUCAAUACGAUUUGCAGCGGAAAUCUGGCUUUCUUGUUUUGUUUUUUUCCCAAUUAAAUUGAAGAUUUCUUAAUAUCCAUUUUUUAUUGUCACUUAUAAUAAUAAUUCUUCUGUAUUAUUCCUUUUACUAUGGCAUGGUUCACAUUUUUUUUGCCAUUCAGUGAGUUCCUUCUCGUGUUUCUGAGCAUGAUUAAUUAGAAGACAAACUGCUUGUUCUUUUUUUUAUUAUUAUUUUGUUUGUUCCUUUUGUUUUUGUUUGUUUGCUCCUACCCCAUUUUUCUCCUGAAACCUAGCAGUUUUUGUUACUCUUUUUUGGGUGGGUGUGAGAUGAAUGUAAAAGAUUUUUACUUCUAAGUGGGCUGGUGUUGUCCUAUACUGUGGUCAAUCCAAUCAGUUUGUUAAUGUUAUUAAUCUUCAGACCAAAAGAAAAGAAAGAGAGAGAGAUUUUAAAGAGUUUAAUGUUUAUACAAAGCAAUUCUUUAUGGCAUUUUGUACAGUAUUUUUCCAAUACAAAUACUGACAGUGUAUUUUAAAACAAAAGGCAAAAUAUAUAUUGCUCAAAGAAUAGGAAUGCUAUUUAACUGUUUAGAUAUAUAAUAUAUAAUCAGAACUAUUGUACAGAAAGGGUGCAGUUAGCUUGGCGGUACUGCAGUCUAGUAUGCCAGUCACAGGCCUCGAUGCGUCUGCCUGACUUGAAAUUCGUUUUCUUUGUUUCUCCAUUUAUUUAGCUGUCUUUUGAGGUGAGCCAGAUGUAGCGUCCAGGACAACAAAAGCAUUGCACACACUGGCGAGACCUGCAGGAGCCAAGAGGGCGCACAUCCUGCCAUACAAGCCUGCCAAUGUGCGCCAGGGAGCUUUGGCGAGCGGCGUAUACAAAAGUGUGCACAAGAAGGCCUUUGCAAGUGGGGGAGCCUUUCAGGUGUCCCGCUUGCUGCUUUUCUUUGGCCUCUUUCCACUUGGCAUUCUGCUUUAAGCCUCGGGCCGCGUCGUAUUUUUAAUGGGACAUCUUGGUCACCGUCAAGGCACUUCAUAUCAUGGAUUGAUUGUUCUUGGUUCACAAAUGUAACUUUUUUGCUUGCCAAAAAAAAAAAAAAAGCACACAGAUGAAAAAGAUUUGAUCCGGCCCUUCCGUGAUGGCAGGGACAGUAGGUGCCAGCAAAAAAAAAAAACGGAGAAAGAAACUGACAGAGAGGGAUAUCUUUGUCUGCCAUAACUGCUGAAAGACAGCUGAAUGCAAAAAAACAAAAACUCCCGUGUAUGUGAGGGUCCGGACCUGCCCCUCACAGCUGCAUGCAUUGUGACAAUCGUUAAAAUGAUCACUUUUCUCAUACUGGUGUGGAAAUAGUUUUGUUGCCGAGGACCUGCAAUCUCAGGAUCUUUUUUAUGUGCUUUGUAUUCAGAGAGGAUCUGUUUUUAUUUAUUAGUAAAUUAAACCAGACUCCUGCAAAAUCACAAAAAAUAAUGAGGAAUUGAAGCCGCAGACUGCUUAAGAGCACAGGGCCCAAAUAGUUAAAGAGCAUUCAUGCAGUUUAAGAACUGUGUGUGUAGCUCGCUCUGCUCACGUUCCGCUUUAUUUUCAUUUUUAGGAACUCGCCCACCAGCAGUGGCACACAUGAAACGGUAAAUCUGCAUGUCACUGAGGAAUGUCAUGGACUCAUGACUCGCCCCAGUGCAUAUCGAGGCGCUUUUAUGUCACAGUUUGUUCUGCACUUUACAUUUGAGUCUCUUUGGGGGUAAAGGACCGUUUGGGUGGCCUGCGUGACUCUUUUGUCAUCCGUGUGCCAUGGUAAUGUGUGACAGGCACAGUGGGAAGGGAGGAUCCACUCUUUGUUCUUGUACUGGUUUUUGGAGUUUGGAAGUGGCGUAAAUCGAUCCUGAAAUUCUUCCUGUCCCUUGCCAUAUCUAUGCAGGACAGCAAAUGCUCCUAAGUGACAAUGAAGACACGCAGGGUCAAACCAGAAUGGCUUGUCAUUGCUCCUCUUUUUAUACAGCACUACCUCAUAUAAAGGAAAAAAAUAAUUCUAUUCUGAGUCUUUUCAAGUGCCUUUAACAAACUGACUGUUACUCAGUCACAGAAUAACUUGGCAGUUUUCUCAUCAUUGCAACUCGAGUCUUUACAGACGGCAUGGAGAGACUCAGAACUGCACUCAAGGGCUGUCCAGUCCAUCGAUGUCAGCUUUCAGUGAACCAAAUACCAAUACUUAUAUGGCAACACCACUAGACUGCAUUGAGCAUUAGAAAUGGGAGCCGAACGUCAGGGAGUGGAUGCACAUGUACUGUUCAGCCCAGAUCCUCGUUAUGUCUGUAAUUCUUAGUGUUUAAUAAAAUCUUUACAAUUUC